AUGUACGACCACCGUCUCCGACACAACCCCUUCAGCUCUCCCCCGUCCUCGACCGGCUCCCAUGACACGGUCAGCACCACUGACGAAGAGCUCACGCGCAACUUGUCCACUUUCUCAUUCACCCCCGACGGCGAGGGCACCCGCAAAUUCAGCGACGACCAAAGCUUGCCCAAGCGGAACACUGCCCGGUCUGGCCGCUUCGGCCCCCGCCAGACCACGGUGCUCAACACGUCGGCCAUUGCACGUGCCUUUCCGGAAUGGAGCGGCCUGGUGGGCAAGGACACAUUCACCUUUUCCCAAAGCAUCAACACGGCAGCUCUCGCUUUGACCACGCCCGCAAUCGUAAUUGACGAGGGCAAAGAGAACGUCCCCCCGCCGGCUGAGCACACCCAGGACAACACGUUCGAGGACGGGCUGGACCUGAAGAAGCGGAGGCGUCACACGGCUGACAUGCAGCCCCGUGUCGAGAACGAGUCUGACUGCUCCACUGUCCUCUCCCGCACCCCCAACCGGCCUGCCAUCGGCUCUCGUCGUUCUCGCUUCUCAAGCGCCCAUAACGACGCCCUCGUCUCCUCGCCCGAGCCGCCCAAGCGCUCGCUCCAGGAGAUAGUGUCCAAGAUUCGCACCGAGAAGCAAACCACAAGGAGCCAAGGAAGCUACCGCGACAUGACGGUCAAGCAGUCCCCGCCCAGGGACGUCAUGCAUCUACAGCCACCAACCAUCACUGCCGACAAGAGCGGCAUCAGCCCCACCGGACGCUCUUUCUUCCUCCCAGCGUUCCGGCACCUCCCCGACUGGACGUCUGGCACUCUCAAGUUUAGCACUAUGAGAAAUGGUGUUCCCCUCUUUGUCAAGCAGGGAAAGCCCGGUGUCCAGCUUGGCAAGCCCGAGGACCAUGGCGCCGUCAAUGGCGUUGACAUUCCCGAGGAAGACGAGUUGAUCUUCGUCUCCAUGGAUAAGCUCCAGGAGGAAGUCCGCGAGCUCCACGAUCAUGAUGCCAUGCUUCAGCGCGAGGCCGAGAAGCUCCAGCGCGAAGUCAACCAGCUCCAGUCAGAACUCAAGACGUUCAAGCUUCGGAAGCGGUCCGACAGCGCCAUUGGCUCCUCUGACUCGGAUGGGUCAUUCAACAAGCGCGGUGAAGCGCUCAAUCAAGAACUAGAAGACCACAUUGCGCAGUUGCAAGACCGUCUUGAUCACGCCAGCAGACAGGUCGGCGUUCACGACAUCCACAGCUCGGCGCUCGCAGCAGAGCGCGAUGAAGCAUUGCACCAGGCGGCAGUGGCCCGUGAGCGGGCCCAGAAACUGCAGUCUGAACUUGAGGGUACUCAAAAGGACCUGGAGUCUACCCUGCAAUUCCGCCACGAGAAGGAAGCAUUGGAGAGGGAGAACGCCACUCUGACGGCUGCCAACAAGAAUUUGAAACAGCAGCACGACACUGCUCUUCAGAACAACAAGAACAUCACGGCGCGGUACGACGAGCUUCGCCGAGAGUUUGCCACUCUGCACAAAGAGCUUGCCGCAGCUCGCGAUGAGCUUGCAUCGGUUCGCAAGCUGUACGAGGCUGCCAAAGAAGACAAGAGGCUCAUUGCCCAAGACCACGCAAGCAUGGAGCGUAACAACGACACGUACUUCAAGGAGAACAAGAGACUGCAGGCGCAAGUUUCUGCUCGCGAUCUGCACAUUGCCGAUCUCAAGAAGGGCAUCAGCAGCCGCGAUAAAAUGAUCGACAACAUCCAAGGCCUGACUACUGACACGGCUAUAAUUGAGCUGAAUUCCAAGCUUGAGGCUGAGAUAGAGCGUCUCAAGACCUUGUUGCAGCAGCAGACAGGCGGCUUGCAGGAGCAAGAGGGAUCCAUCAGCGCCAAAGAGGGUCGGAUCCGCGUUCUGAAAGAGCAGAACCUCGAGCUUGCAGCCGAAAAGGAGAAGCUUAUCGAAGAAAACCAGCGACUUCGUGAUGAGUACGAGGAGAUGAGAGGCCAGUGGAUUGACGAUCGACAUAAGGUAAUCCGAUUAAACCAGCUCAUCACCAAAAACAACACCGAGUAUCUCAGGACGCUCAACGACAACACCGAAGACUGCGUCCGGCUGGAGGAAGAAUUCAAGCAAAAGGAGGCAACGCUCCGUCUGAAACUCGACCGUCGUGAGGCAGCUAUCCAAAAAGUCAAGCAGCUCACGAACAGGAUUACCGAGAUAACUGAGCGCGACAUUUUGGGGAAACCCACCAAGGUCACGCGCAUCGUCGAACCUGAGGAUGCCACGGGCGGUCGAUAUGCGGCAAGCGACUUGACGGGCAAGAGCAGCGCCGGAAACGUCGAAGACGAUCCGGAGCUCCAUCUGACGCAGGGAUCGGACUUUGUCAGCAUCAUGGACGGCGAGAUUGUCAAGCUGAAGCAGACAUACCGAGAACUCCAGAACCAGCCGCAGGACGACACAGAGAGGAGCCGGUCUGACGGGAGCAUCCCAGCACCCGGAGCAGCCGGCGGCACCCAGCCCAAGGGUCAGCCAGCUGGGAUCCUUAAGAAGUCGAGUCAGUUUGCACUCGACGAAGACACGGGCCGCUUCAGCGUCAAGUCGGCUUUGAGCAUCGUCAGUCACCACACCGACCUAUCUGAGCACACGGGCCUAACUGCUCAGAGCCACCGGUCUGCCAAGAGCAUGUCCAACGUGCUUGGCAAAGCGACACGGCCCGAGUCACGGCUGCGACGCAAUUCGGAUACAACCCACGGUGGUCUGGAGCCGACAAUGACGGGACAGAACAUGACGUCUGCGUUCUUUGUGCCGGAUAUCACCCUGCACAGCGAUAAGCAGAGCACUGUCAGACAAGAGAUCCCGACUCUUAGCAAGGAAGCACGGCGCGUCCUCGACGGCAUCUGCAAGCACAAGUCAGACAACUGCAAUCUCUGCCUCCGGAUCGCCGCGUAUGGAGAGAAACACAGCACCACCACGACCACCAAGGUCGUCUUGGUAACAAUCGAUGAUGUGAAGAAGGGCAAGAAGACUGUGUGUGUUGGGAAGCCGGUGCCUGUCUCUGAUCGCAUGCCUGAGGCAGACGGGAAGAACGACGAGCCCACGAUACGGCCAGCGACGUCGCCGGGAGAGGCGCUCGCCAUCCUGAUCAAGGAAACCCGGGACGAAAUCGAGCACCUGCAGAUGGAGCUCAAGCGUCUGAAUGAUUCCUACUUUAGCCUGGACAAGUCGCUUGGUCAGCGUGAGCGCAGGCGCACCAUGGCCGAGAUCCAGAGAUUGCAGGCCGAAGUGGAGAUGAAGAGCGGGCAGCUGUACAGGCUGUACGAUGUGCUCGAGGGCCAGAAGCAGGCUGGUCAGCUCAUGGCUGACGACGAGCUGGACGUCACAGUCCUGAGCAAUCUCGUCCGAGUCGAUGCCACGGGCGAGAGUAGGGACGGUUCGUGGAACGGGUUUGACUGAGUUGAGUGGCUAAUGUGUUUGGAGAGGUGUGAGUGAACUAAUGACUGUAUUGGGCCGUUACUGGAUGGCAUUUGUUUGGUGUAUGCUUGAGGAAAAAGGAUCAUGGUGUUUAUUUUUGGAGGGGUCUGGUCUGGUCUGGCGUUUUAGGAAUCAUGGUUGGGCAUUGUUGUUUAUUAGGUAUCUCUUUGACUCUCGCUGUUGGAGUACGCAGAUUGCAUUCUAUGUCUGAUGACGGCGGGAGAAGAUGAUCUCUUGACCAUUGCAGCAGUUCUCGGAACAGGCAGCUUAGAUGCUUUUGGCGUUGGAGAGGGUGCAUAAGAAAUUGUGUCUUUCUGAGCAACCUAUGCCAUAUAUGGAUCAAAC